UGAAGCAGGUAGGCUGAACCUAUUACACGCGUUCUGAUUGGUCAGAGCAACCGCUCAUCAUUUUUACAAGAUACAAAUUUUCAAGUUUAUGAACUUUACUAAUUACUAGUUUUAACGUAUUUACGUUAUAAUUUAAACUCUAAAGCAUUUAUAUAAAUAUAUGUAUUUAUAUAUUUCUGCAUGUAUAACCCUUGUGUACACUUGUGUUGGGUGGCCAUACUGUAGAAUUCCAUAGAACAAUAUUUCAGAAUUCUUGGUGUUCGAAUCAGAAUACAGAACGUUGUCAGUUGCCAUGCCGACCAUAAACCUUAAACAACAAUAAAACACAGAAAGAUCGCAGCAAAGACAGAGGGAAAAUGAUGAGAAAUAUAUUGCAGUAAAGACACAGAAGUGAGCAUUUCUGCUUUAUUUUUUGACCAAAAGAAAGAGAGACACAACAAAGCUCAUGGAUAUCUUUGUGGAUGCCACUGAGAUGCUGGCCAGUCAGAUUCUGAUUGACAUAUACACCCGAUGUGGAAAGAGUCAAGAGAAGUCCCAGGUCUUCAAAGCAGAGGUACUCGAUGCCAUUGCUGAAGUUGAGGAAGAAGCUGAGGCGUACAUUGGGGCUAUAGCUGAAGUCAAAGCCGAAGCAGAGGAAGAAGUUAAUUCAGAAUCUGAGGCAGAGGUUGAGGCAGAAGCUGAGGCUGAAAUUGAGGCUGUAACUGAAAUGGAAACAGAAGAGUCUGAAGUUAAGGCAGAAGCUGAGUCUGAGGCAGAAUUUGAGGCAGCAGUUGAGGUGGAAGUUGAGGUGGAAGCUGAGGGGGAAAUUCAGAAUGAAGCUGUAACUGAAGCAGAAGCUGAAGUUAAAGCCAAGGCUGAUGAGGAAGUUGAAGCUGAAGCUGAACCUGACUCUGAAUCUCAACCUGAAGAAUGUAAGGCAAGGAAAAGGACCAGGAGAGGAAACCGAGGUCAAAAGAGAAAAAAAAGUACCAGCCUCAGUGGAAGCAGAGAUGAGAGUGCUGAGAUCAGCUCAAGCAACAGCACAAACACACACACACACACAAAGGCAAGGACACCUGGAUGAAACUGCAUGCUGAGGAAACAAAUCUAGCAGAGUCAGAGCAAUUUUGCAA